GCAAAUCUUCUACUAGAUUAGGGUUACUGGAGCUGCUCGUGGUCGUGGGAUGUUUGGAAUUACAGUUGCUUAUGUGGCUACUUAAAAAAUGUUACUAUGUGAAGGUUAAGUUGAAAUAGUAAGGGACUGCAGCUAGUCGUCAUCAAGCUGUUAUCUAGUCAUUAAAAAUUCUAUGUCCACAGCUUGAAAUGACAUUCAUGUUCCGCAGCAUGUAGCUUUUGGAAGCUUUAUAAAUAAACGAACCAAAUAUGUUUUUGCAUCAUAUUGCCUUCCCCCUCCUCCCUUACCAGCCUUAAAAUUAAGCAUUCGAAGCUAUCAGCGUCAUAUCUUCUCAGUUCUGUUAUAUCAUUCCACAUCAUCCCCUAAAGUCAUCCAGUCACAUGUAAAUCUAUCAUGUCUAAUACCAAUAUUAGAGUCUUAUGCCGUACAAAUUUGUUUGAUGAUGAGACGGGAUGAUUUAUAUGGAUUUAAAUUUGCAAUGUGCAUCAUCAAAUUGCUCCUUCAAAACUAUAAAAGCUACUCACAUCUGACCGUGAAACUAGUUUGAUUAAAGUGAUUCCGAGAGCGAGAUAAAAAAAAAUAUGAGUAAAGCAGGUGCAACAUUAGUGGAUGUUAGCGGUGAAUUUAUUAACCAGCACAUCCUGCAAAGUGAUAAUAACAAGGAUGACGAUGUAGUUGAUGUCAAUCAAAUUCCAGAAUGGUUGAAUAAAAGUUUAUUAGAGGAUGUGCUGCAUAAGCAUUUUAAGACUAAGGAUGUACGAGUCAAGUUCUUAAAAGUCAUGCACUGCGGCGGUAAAGGUGAAAAUUUUGCAUCUGUUAUGUAUCGUGUUGGAACUUACUAUUUCCAUCAAAAGAGUCCUGAAAAGAUUGAAUUAAUUUCGUGCAUCUUAAAGACGCUUCCACAAACUGAUAUGGCGCUUGAUAAGCUCGGAAGUGGAAACUACAACGUACAAAAUAAGGAAAUGAUUUUCUACCAAAAAAUCAUUCCUGAAUUUGAAGAAAUUCUCAGGAAAAUCGGGGAGAACGGAAAGACAUUUCCAGGUGUUAUGGCUGUUUAUCUCGAUUUAAGUCUUAUUGUUCUUGAGGAUUUAAACGUGAGAAAUUUCGUUAUGGCUAAUCGACUUACAGGAUUGGACAUGAAUCACGUCAAACUCAGUUUAAAAUGCUUAGCUCGAAUGCAUGCAGCUUCAGCUGUUUUACAUGCAAAGGAUAAGAAUGUCUUUAAGGAUUUUGAUACUGGAUUUUAUACAAGAAGAACUGACGCGUUUCAUGUGUUUUUCAAGUCAGGCUUAGAAGUUGUAGCUAAAGAGGUCGAAAGUUGGACUGAUUGGAAUGAAUCAGCAUAUUACGCUAAGAAAUUGAAGGCAUUAGUUCCAAACUUAAUAGAAAAUGGACGUAAAGCAUUUGACUGUGAGGACGGAGACUUUAAUUGCCUCAAUCAAGGUGAUUUAUGGACGAACAAUGUAAUGUUUCAAUAUAACACCCCAAACAGCCCAUCAAAAGCAGUGAUUUUGGACUUCCAAUUCUUCUUUUACGGUUCAGCAGCACUUGACUUGCAUUAUUUUCUUUUCACGUCUGUACAUGAUAGCAUGCGAUUAGAGAAUAUGGACGAGAUGGUACAAUUCUACUAUUACGAAGUCAAGGAACUACUCAGUAGACUCAAUUAUGAUAUGAAAAAAUUCCCAACACUACAAAACUUUCAAGUUCAGGUGCUGAAAAAAUAUUUCUAUGCAUUUUCCUCUUGCAUGAUUACAUUCCCAAUUCACAUUUGUGAGGAUGAAGAGGCUGAUUUUGAAGCACUGAUGAGUACAGAUGCUCGUUCUAUUGGAUUUAAAUCACGUGUUUACGCAAAUCCACGAUUUAAACAAGUUGCUAUGAAGAUGUUACCGAUUUUUGACAGCAAAGGCGUUCUGGAUGAACUCUAAAGCUGAUUACUAUGUUUAUAUAUGUCACAAAAUUAAUUUAUUGCACUGGAGUCUUAAUCUAUU